AUGCAGCUUAGUGGCAUGAAGAAAAAUGAUAAAAAGAGACAGUUGAUGGAGAAGUUCAUCAGAGAAUAUAGGAAUGCAUUGAAUCAGAAGAAACUGUCAUCUACGGUUGUGACUGGUGAGACAUGCUUCCCACUUCUUAGACUUCUACUCCCUCAAAUGGAUAAGGAAAGAGGUGCUUAUGGGCUGAAAGAAACAAAGUUGGCAAAAUUAUACAUUCGCAUUCUUGGGCUCAAUAAAGAAAGCAGAGAUGCUCAGAAAUUGCUCAACUAUCGCAGUCCAACUAGUGGGUCCAUCAGUGUGGGUGACUUUGCUGAGGUUGUAUACUUCGUGCUUCAACCAAGAUGUCCUACAUCAGGAAAAAUGUCAAUCCUGGAUGUGAAUAAGAAAUUAGAUUUAAUAGCUGAGAAUAAUGCAUCACACAAUGUGAAGGAUAUGGAUAGAGAUUUUGUUGACAUGAUUCAUCAGAUGUCUGCCCUUGAACAGAAGUGGUUGAUACGAAUCAUCAUGAAGGAUAUGAAGUUGGGUCUUGGAACCAAUGCCCUUUUCAGCAUCUUCCACCCUGAUGCAAAGGACUUCUAUGAUGUAAAUAACAGCUUGGAAAAAGUAUGCUCAACUCUUCAUGAUCCAAAUGUGAGACUUCAUGAAAUUGAGGUCUCCCUUAUGUCUCCAUUCCGACCUAUGCUUGCAGAUAGGAUGUCUGUAAAAACCAUGGAGAAGAAUCUCAACAGAUCUUUUUAUGUGGAGAACAAAUAUGAUGGGGAACGAAGUCAGCUACACAAGGAUGGAUCAAAAUUUAAGUACUUCUCACGAAAUGGUUUUGAUUUCACAACUAACUUUGGGUCUCAUAAUGGAGAAGGCUCCUUGUCUCCCUUCAUUGCUCACUGUUUCAAGUCCCAUGUGAAUACUUGUAUCAUUGAUGGAGAAAUGCUUUGUUACCACAAGAAGAGGAAGGUAUUUGUGACGAAGGGAGCAAACGUAGAUGUGAAAGGCAUAUCUCCAAAUGAUGAUGAACUGCAGCCAUGUCUGGUUGCAUUUGACAUUUUAUUCCUGAAUGGUGAUGUUCUUACAAACAGACCCUUGAAGGAUCGUGUCAGAAUCUUGGAAGAGGUUUUUAAUCCCUUGGAAGGCCGAUUGGUUUUAGCUUCAAGAAAGGAGAUAGCAUCAAGAGAGCAAAUUGCAGAAGCUUUGAAUGAAGCUAUUGACAAGGGAGAAGAAGGCAUUGUUUUAAAGGAUCUCUAUUCCAUUUACCAGCCCAAUGUCCGGAAAGGAGGAUGGUUGAAAUUGAAGGCUGAAUAUGUUGAUUCCUUGAGUGAUGAUGUGGAUCUUCUUAUAAUGGGAGGGUAUUAUGGAGAAGGGAGACGUAGAGGAAUUGUCAGCCAUUUCCUGUUAGGAGUUGCAAGUGGAGAAGGCCCAAAUAAAGUGAUUCAGUCUGUCUGUCGUGUUGGUUCUGGAUAUUCAAUGUUAGAACUUCAAGAGCUCCUGCAGAAAUUGGAGAAUCAUUGGCAGCAGGUCAGAAAAGAUAGGGGACCUCCUCCAUCUCUGCAAUGGACCAAGGAAGUUCCUGAUGUAUGGAUUUCUCCUUCAAAGUCUUUCAUACUUCAAGUCAAAGCUGCUGAAAUUAUUGAGUCUGAUGUAUAUAAAGUUGGCUUUACUCUCCGUUUCCCUAGGGUCCAGAAAGUGAGGUAUGAUAAAAAUUGGGAUGACUGCAUGACAGUAGAUGAAUUGGAGUCUUUACGAAAUCAGUCUUCAGGGAAACUGGCAAAGAGGCACUUUGAAUUUGCUGCUGAUCAAGAAAAGCCAAAGACAAGGGGACAGCAGUCUCUCCCACUUUUGGUGGCUCCUCAUUUCCAGGCUGCUGAUUUGGCUGGUGUUUCCAAAGAAUCCCAACUAUUGAAAGGCAUAGAAUUCUGCAUUGUGAAUGGAUUGGAUGAAGAAUAUGACAAACAGAAAUUGGAAAAGCUGAUUGCCAGCCACGAGGGGAAAAUAGUGCAAAAUCCUGGUCCAAACACAAAAUUUGUCAUUGCAGAGAGAGUGAAUGCUCGAGUUAAAAAUAUAAUACACGCAGGCAGACAUAAUGUUGUGAAAGCCACAUGGCUUUUGAACUGUGUGCAAGUUGAGAGACUGGUAGAUGCAACUCCUUUAGAUUUUUUGUACAUGAAUUCUGAAACUUCAGAAGUCCUCUUGAAGCAUUAUGAUCAAUUUGGUGAUCCAUAUUUUGUACAAGGGGAUAGUGAUGCUUUGGAGAGGAUACUGUCCCAUGUACCUGAAGCCAAAAGAUGCAAAGUACAUUUAGAAGACCUCAUGGACAUGGAUCAGUUGGGACUGUUUCAUUUCAUGGUCAUCUAUUUGGAUUUGUAUGUUCAAGUUGGGGAUCAAAACCAGCCUGUACCCCUCUUCUCACCCCUUCAUCGAUUAAGACUUCAGAUCCUUGCAAAUGAAGGUGAAGUUGCUAAUGAAAUGUCAGAUAUGAAGAAGAUCGAAGAGGAGGGAGGUGGAAAGCUCCUGACGGCUGUUACCACUGGUGCAGUACUCAGAUCACCCUUGUCUCGGUCUGGAGAUGAUGACCGUUCAUCUGUGUGUUCAGGAACUUUGGAAAGACACCCUUCCACUGGCAGCUUAGCUUCACAUUCAGGCUGUGAAGGGCAAGAUGUUCUGACUGGAAAGAUAGUGAGGGAAAGAAACAGCUUUGGAACUGCUGCUGCUUCCACUGAAGCCCAGCAAGCAGUGGAGAGACGACUUAAGAGGAGUGAAUGGCGAAAGGAGCUGGAGAAGAAGGAAAGAGAGCUGUUAGAGAAAGAGAAGGAAUGGACAGAGAAGGAGGUAGAAUUAAGAAUGAAGUUGACAGAAUUGGAAGAAAGUCACAAAGCAGCAAUGGGAUACAAAGAGAGACUUAUUCUGUGCCAAGAAGAGCUAGAUCAAUUGAAGGGAUUCAGGGAGCAAGAAGUUGCCAAGGUGAAGCACCUGCUGCUGGCACGAGAACAGGAAUUGGGUGAUUGUCGGAAGGAAUUGCAGGAGACUAGGCAGAAGCUGGAGGUGCAAGUCAAAGCUGUUACCAGCCUUCAGAAAGAGCUUGUAUCCCUGAAAGAUUCUGACUCAUCAUCUAAGAAAUCCCUUUUAGACCUACAAGACAAAUAUGACCAGUUACUGCAUUCAAUGGAGAUGCGGGAAUCACGCUUCAGACAGGAGCGAGAGGCCUUAGAACAUGAUCUCAGCUUUGCAAAAGAGGCAAUGAAUGAUCUGGAGAGGAGGCUUGCUGAAACAGACUUGGGAGGUGAUGAGCAUGUGCAGGCACUGUUGAAGGAGAGGGGUAUGCUGGAACUACGAUUGACAGAAACAAGGGAGGAGCUGAAGAGCAUUAAAGGCACAUGGAGUGAAAAGAUCCACAGUCUGGAAGGUCAAAUAGGACAUUUGAAUGCCAAAAUAGUAGAAGAUGCCAAGGAACUUUCAUAUGAGGUUCACAAGAGGCAGGCUGCAGAAGAGCAAUGUUCUGUAUUACAGCAGGAGUUGCAGCAGCUAUCAAACAGGGAAGCAAAGGAGAAGGAGGCAUCAACUUCUCAAAUGUCUGAAUUAGAAAUGAAGCUGCAAAAUGAAAGUCUUCAAUCCAGGCAACUGAUGCAAGAGGUACAGCGACUCCAAGGAGAGUUACAGGAAACUCAAGCUAUUUGCACUUCCUUAGAGCAGAAAGUCAAGGCUUCUGAGAAUUUGAUAAGGGAGAAAGAGGAGUUGUUGCAUCAGCAAGAUGUCCAGAUGCUUGUUCUAAAGGAUGACCUAGGAAUAAAAGAAGAGAAACUUAUUCUCUCUAUGGAUGAAGUGAUGCAUCUGAAAUCAGAAUUGGAAGAGGAGCAAAAAACAUUGCAACAAUUUCAAGCUGAGAAGGAUUCCUUCAUGAUGAGAAAUGCAGAGAUGUCACAAAAGUUAGAAUUGCUUCGACAACAUAAGGAUGAGCUUGAAAUGGAGAGAAAAGAGUGGGAAGAGAAGCAUGCAUCCACUAGUCAGAAAGGAGAGGAGUCCAGAAAGCAGAUUUCAGAUCUCCAGAGGCAGCUUGCUGAGUUGGAAAAGAGCCUUGGUGAGAAAGUUGAAACUUCUACACACAUGACUUCACUGAAGAAAACCAUAGAUGAAUUGGAAACUCAACUUACUGAGAAGAACAAGACAAUCAAGAUGCAGCAGCAGAGAAUGUCUGAGCUAAAGAAAAGCCUCCAGAAAGAAUUAAAGAUGAAGGGUCAGUUGCAUCCCCAAGGGUUCAUGAUGGGGGAUGGGAACCUGAGUGAUUCUGAUACAAGUGGAGGUGGAGGAAACACAGCCAACACCCAUCAUCCAUCCUCAGUUCCACCUCCUGCCCCACAUUCUUCCUCUCCAUUACCUCCCUUGAAUCAUCGAGUUGCCACUCUCCCUCUUCAUGAUGAUGAUGUCAACUUUCGUUACCUGAAGCAUGUGAUCCUCCGAUUCCUCACAUGCAAAGAGAGUGAGUUAACGAUACCUAAGAAGCACUCUAUGCCCCACAAACCAUGUGAAGUGCGCGAUCAUCAGGAAGACUACCGACGAGUGAAUUCCCGCUACGGCGCACCGCCUCCAUUGACGAAUGUCUUCUUCACGAAUGGGAAUGAAUGUCUUGCCUGGGAUAUGCCAGAUCCCAAAUCCGUGUUAGGCACAUUAAAGGGCCUUGCAUUGGCAAUGUUUGAAGAAGAUGACAGUGACUAUUCCUUUGAGCGUGAGCCCAAGUACAAUUAUCCACCAUCACCGAUGUCUGCAAAGCAUAUGCCUCCAGGCCACUAUCUUCAUGAACUUCCUUCAGAAGAUGAAGAAAGAAUUGGUACACUGUUCAAGCGUCUGGAUGUAAAUAACGAUGGGCGCAUCGACAUUAGUGAUCUCACAAAAGGCCUCAAAGAAAUGGGUGUACCUUAUUCAUCCAGUUCUGCCAAGGAACUACUCCAACAAGGUGAUGUCACAAAAAGUGGAGAUCUGAGCCUUGCAGAAUUCAUUCAUUAUAUGGUGGGGCAUGAGAAGAGAUUGCGACUCAUCUUCUCUCAUCUUGACCGCAAUCAGGAUGGCAAGAUAGAUCUAGAUGAGCUGAUGGUUGCCUUUCAUCAGCUUGGUGUCAAGUUAAACCAACAAGAAGCUCAGAAGCUUGUUGAAAGAAACUUCGAGAAUCUAUGUAAGAGAUAUAAGACUGAAAAUACAGCAUUGGCCCAGGAGGAGCUACCAGGUUACCCCAGGAUGGACAAGGAAGGAACACUAGAGAUCACAUUUGAAGAAUGGAGAGACUAUCUCCUCUUCCAUCCCAGUGGAGAUAUCCAUUCCAUAUUAAGUUAUUGGAGACAUUCCACGUUCCUGGACAUUGGGGAGGAUAUGAACAUCCCGGAUGACUUCACCCCUCAAGAGUUGAUGACAGGGCUGUGGUGGCGGCAUUUGGUUGCAGGAGCCAUAGCAGGAGCUGUGUCAAGAACAUGCACAGCUCCAUUAGACCGGCUCAAGGUUUUCCUUCAGGUUCAUGGCACAUCUCCCUUUGGAGGAUUCUUGGGGUGCUUAAGGCAUAUGCUGCAAGAGGGGGGAGUGCAGAGCCUUUGGAGGGGGAAUGGCAUCAAUGUGUUGAAGAUUGCUCCUGAAACAGCUUUCAAAUUCAUGGCCUAUGAGUAUGCUAAGAGGUUCAUCAAAGGGAAGUCUCAUCGGGAAAUCACAAUAGAAGAACGAUUUGUCGCUGGCUCCUUUGCUGGAACUUUCUCUCAAACUGUGAUAUAUCCUCUGGAGGUGUUGAAGACAAGACUGGCUCUGAGGAGAACAGGUCAGUACAAAGGCAUUUCAGAUGCUGCCAAGAAAAUCUUCAGGCAAGAAGGUAUGCGAAGUUUUUAUCGAGGCUAUCUUCCAAAUCUCCUUGGCAUAAUUCCAUAUGCUGGCAUUGAUCUGACAGUUUAUGAGACACUGAAGAAUGCUUACCUCAGUGGUCACACCGACAAUCCUAGUAUAUUUGUUGCCUUGGUGUGUGGAACAACUAGCAGCACUUGUGGGCAGUUGGCUUCAUACCCUCUGGCACUAGUGAGGACAAGGCUACAAGCACAAGCUGUCCUGGAUGUGGGAACUGCACAUGCUGUAACAAUGAUGAGCCUUUUCCGUACCAUCAUACAGACAGAAGGUAUGACUGGUCUUUAUCGUGGCAUCACACCAAACCUUAUGAAGGUGGUGCCUGCUGUGUCCAUCAGCUACAUGGUCUACGAAAAGUGCCGUAAUGCCCUAGGAGUACAAAUGACUGAUCCCUUGGGCUCUUUGACUCUUCUCCAUUCCUUUGCUCUCCAGUUGAACCCAAUAGUUGCAGACAAGGCAGCACUUGUGAUUGCUCGAUCAUGGAAUCCAUUCAAUGUGUACAACAAGAACGCGAGUAGCCUGGGCCCAGGUCAGAGCCUGCAUAUCAUAAUGUUUGCCUCGAGGGUCGAGUUCUAUUACGAUCUUGGGUCAAUACAAGUACUCAGAACAUUAGUCACUACACUACGACUGUCCCGCUACGCUCCACGAUGCACAAGGGUCAUGCACAUGGCACUAAUCCGGCAUAUGGAUGCAGCCAUAAGCAAUAGCACGUGGCAGGCAGAGUUGGCAUGCCAGUGCUUGUACGUCCUCCUCCAUCAUGCGCAUGCCACCUUCGUCUCAGACUAUGGUUAUCCUGAAGCCAACGUUCUGUUCGAUCCUCGGCCAAUCCAAUGGUUCGGAACUUAUUAG